GGGGGAUUCGGAACUUGGAGGAGCCGAGUUGGCCCAGAGCUUCGGGGUUGGGGCUGCAGCUUUGGGGGUGGGGGCUUCUCGGGGCCAGGGCCAGGCCCAGGCCCCCAGAUACAGCGAUGGAGCGAGGAGCUGAGGAAGGCAGCGGGGAAGGCGAGCACCUCCGCUGAGCCCUGUAUCCCUCCCAGCGGCCUUCACUCUUUCACUGCCAGGCCGACAGCGGGCUCCUCUCAAAGGAGCAGCUGCUAGACAGCUGGCAAAACAAUGGAGACCCCGCUUCCCUGGGCCCCCUCCCCUUGGGACAGAAGACGGAAUGAGGGGGUGGGGGUGGGGGUAAAUGGCAGACUUAGGGGAUUAGGAAGUGGAGGCUGUCCCCAGUGACGGCUGCUCACCUCACCUUUCCCUGCAAAGGGGUGGGGUGUGUGUGGGAAGGUCGGACAGGCUGCCCCAGGCCUCUAGGAGACCGCCCUGACGCCCCGCCCUGCUAACCUGUCAUGCCGGUUGUUUCGCCAAUGGGAUGGGGAGAUGGUGGGGUUAGCUGCCCCCAACCCCGUGUUGGGGGGACGCUGCCUGGUACCUAGCCUGGUCAGGAGUGUGGGUCGUGUUCCUGGCUGAGAUAAGGCCUACAGGGACACACCACACGUUGGGGCUUUGUUGUGGGGGUGGAAUGGGGGUGUCGCCCUGUUGCAAGGCACAUGUGUCCUGCUGAUUAGUUGGAAAGGCUGAGGGCAGAGUAAGCCAGAGGUGGGGGGAGGUGAGAAGGAAGACAGCUAGUUUGUUUUUUAAGCCGGUACUCAAUUUGCCUGGUCACUUGGCCAAGGGGCGUAUGUUUGGGGUUGGCCUCUUAGUUUGUGCUGGUGUGGGGAUGAUGAAGAGAAUGCUUUCUGAGAGGAGGUCUCCUGCCUAAGACUGUCUUGCCCUCAGGUCCCCCUAAAUUAUAGAAUUGGCUUCCCUCUCCUUCGCUUUGCCAAUGAUAGGCUAGUUUGCUGGGUUCAUUUUGUCUCUCCGAGUCCCUGGCAUGGCUGUGGCUGAGGAGACCUUUGUACCUGCCCCUCCACACAGUGAACUGUGGAAAGUGUGUAUGCACUGGGGCUGUGGUGGGAGGGAGGGAAGGUCACCCGGGUGAUUAAAAGCAAGAUCACCUUGGCAGGACAUUGAAUCCAGAACACAUGGAAUGAAGCUGCCUUUCCUUAUGCUUACCAGAUCUAGGGCCCUUUUCUUGACAAGCUGGUAUCCUGUAGGCAUGGCAACAGGUCUGGCCUAACAUUCCCCACCCUUUUUUGAUUGGGGGCUACUUUCUAUUUGGGGAUAUUGAGUGUUGCUCUCCUGAGGUCUCUGGCUUCCUGACAAGCCUCCUUGGCUCUUUGUCAAUGGCCUGCCACCUCCUCAGCUUCCCCUUUGUCCUUUUGUGAUGAGGGCUUUCCAGGAAACAUGCUUCUGGUUUCUGGACUUGACAUGACUGGUUAUGUAUAGCCUCUGGUGGAAGUAUGUUUUUCCAUCUGGGGUUGAGGGCAUCGAGGCUGGGGCACAGGGCCUCAGUCCCAGGAAGACAAUGGCUUUGGGAGCAGGAUUGUGUUGGGGGGGAUUAGAAGAAUGAGAAGGGUUGUAGGUCAGUUAUGAGGGAUGGAGUGAGAGGGAUCAUGGGCUUACGGUCACUUCCUUUGGGAGCUUUGAACUUUGAACAGUUGACGACCUAGCACCUGGUAGCUCUGAGUGUCUAAUUUGUUUGCCCUGCUGGCCUGGCUCAGGUGCCAGGGUGUGUGCCUGAGGGUUUCCUCCUGUGCCCCAGACUUUCCUGAGAAGCCUUCAGUGGAUUAUGCCCUUUCUGACUCCUGCCUGUCUCUCAACCUCACUCCUAGUUAGUCUGGGCAACCAGCCACUUGCCUGGAACCCCUUUGCUGGGGUUCCUCAUAAUGGGAUGCUUGUGUCUUCAGAAGUUGGGCCUGAAAACUCUGGAGUCUCCCAGAAGCAGGUCUCCAGGGCAGCAGAGCUGUUCUUGCUCCUUCAAACCAGAAGUCCUCCCAGCCAGACUCUUACCGGAGUGGAUACCUCCAGUGGGAACCAGAACAUCCAUGUGAGCCAGGUCCUGUCAGUGGCCCUGGGGCCCUAGGCCUCUACUGGCAGCAAAGUGGGGCACAAAGACCCUGUACUAAGCACUUAUAAUCCUCUGGGGGUGCCACCCCUAAGAACAGCACCCUCACCAUGUUUAACCUAAUGAAGAAAGACAAGGACAAAGAUGGUGGGCGGAAGGAGAAGAAGGAGAAAAAGGAAAAGAAGGAGCGGAUGUCAGCGGCUGAGCUCCGGAGCCUGGAGGAAAUGAGCCUGCGACGAGGCUUCUUCAACUUGAACCGCUCCUCUAAGCGUGAAUCCAAGACGCGCCUGGAGAUCUCUAACCCCAUCCCCAUCAAGGUGGCCAGUGGCUCUGACCUGCACCUGACUGACAUUGACUCUGACAGUAACCGAGGCAGCAUCAUCCUGGACUCAGGCCACCUAAGCACAGCCAGCUCCAGCGAUGACCUCAAGGGUGAAGAAGGCAGCUUCCGAGGCUCUGUGCUGCAGCGGGCAGCCAAGUUUGGCUCUCUGGCCAAGCAGAACUCACAGAUGAUUGUGAAGCGCUUCUCCUUCUCCCAGCGUAGCCGGGAUGAGAGUGCCUCAGAGACCUCAACCCCCUCAGAGCACUCUGCUGCCCCAUCACCACAGGUGGAGGUGAGGACUCUAGAGGGACAGCUGUUGCAGCAUUCUGGCGUGGGCAUCCCUCGACCAGGGCCCCGGUCCCGAGUUCCUGAGCUGGUAACUAAAAAGUUCCCAGCUGACCUGCGCCUGCCCCCCGUAGUAGCCCUUCCCCCACCUGCUCUCCGGGAGCUGGAGCUUCAGCGAAGGCCCACUGGAGAUUUUGGCUUCUCCCUGCGGCGUACAACCAUGCUGGAUCGGGGCCCUGAGGGCCAGGUCUGUCGGCGGGUAGUCCAUUUUGCUGAGCCUGGUGCAGGCACCAAGGACCUGGCCCUGGGGCUGGUGCCAGGAGAUCGACUGGUGGAGAUUAAUGGGCACAAUGUGGAAAGCAAGUCAAGGGAUGAAAUUGUGGAGAUGAUCCGGCAGUCCGGGGACAGCGUACGACUCAAAGUGCAGCCCAUCCCAGAGCUCAGUGAGCUGAGUCGGAGCUGGCUGCACAGCAGCGAGGGACCCCGCAGGGAGCCAGCUGAUCUGGACCCUGAGGCCGCCUCUCCUGCCCUCAGCCAGGCAAAGACAGAAGAGCAGAUCGCAGCCGAGGAGGCCUGGUAUGAGACAGAGAAGGUGUGGCUGGUCCAUAAGGAUGGCUUCUCUCUGGCCAGUCAGCUCAAAUCCGAGGAGCUCAGCUUACCUGAGGGGAAGGUGCGCGUGAAGCUGGACCAUGAUGGAGCCAUCCUGGAUGUGGAUGAGGAUGACGUGGAAAAGGCUAAUGCUCCCUCCUGCGACCGUCUAGAUGAUCUGGCCUCGCUGGUGUACCUCAAUGAGUCCAGCGUCCUGCACACACUGCGCCAGCGCUAUGGUGGUAGCCUGCUGCACACCUAUGCAGGCCCCAGCCUGCUCGUCCUCAGCCCUCGUGGGGCCCCCGCCAUGUACUCUGAGAAGGUGAUGCACAUGUUCAAGGGGUGUCGGCGGGAGGACAUGGCACCCCACAUCUAUGCCGUGGCCCAGACCGCAUACAGGGCAAUGCUGAUGAGCCGUCAGGACCAGUCCAUCAUCCUCCUGGGCAGCAGUGGCAGUGGCAAGACCACCAGCUGCCAGCAUCUAGUGCAGUACCUGGCUACCAUUGCAGGCACCAGUGGGAACAAGGUGUUCUCUGUGGAGAAGUGGCAGGCUCUGUACACCCUCCUGGAAGCCUUUGGGAACAGCCCCACAAUCAUAAAUGGCAAUGCCACUCGCUUCUCCCAGAUCCUCUCCCUGGACUUUGACCAAGCUGGCCAGGUGGCCUCAGCCUCCAUUCAGACGAUGCUUCUAGAGAAGCUGCGUGUGGCUCGGCGCCCGGCCAAUGAGGCCACGUUCAACAUCUUCUACUACUUGCUGGCCUGUGGGGAUGCCACCCUCAGGACAGAACUCCACUUAAACCACUUGGCAGAGAACAAUGUGUUUGGGAUUAUGCCACUAGCCAAGCCUGAGGAGAAGCAGAAAGCAGCUCAGCAGUUUAGUAAGCUACAGACAGCCAUGAAGGUGCUGGGUAUCUCCCCUGAUGAGCAGAAGGCCUGCUGGCUCAUCCUGGCUGCCAUCUACCACCUGGGGGCUGCAGGAGCCACCAAAGCUGGGCGUAAGCAGUUUGCUCGUCAUGAAUGGGCCCAGAAGGCUGCCUACUUGCUGGGCUGUAACCUAGAGGAGCUGUCCUCAGCCAUCUUCAAGCACCAGCACAAGGGUGGCACCUUGCAGCGGUCCACCUCCUUCCGCCAGGGACCUGAGGAGAGCAGCCUGGGAGAUAGCACAGGCCCCAAACUGAGUGCACUGGAGUGCUUAGAGGGCAUGGCAUCUGGCCUCUACAGUGAGCUCUUCACCCUUCUGGUCUCCCUGGUGAACAGGGCUCUCAAGUCCAGCCAGCACUCACUCUGCUCCAUGAUGAUUGUGGACACUCCGGGCUUCCAGAACCCUGAGCAGGGUGGAUCAGCCCGUGGAGCCUCCUUUGAAGAACUGUGCCACAACUACGUCCAGGACCGGCUACAGAGGCUCUUCCACGAACGAACCUUUGUGCAGGAGUUGGAAAGAUACAAGGAGGAGAACAUCGAGCUGGCGUUUGAUGACUUGGAGCCAACCACAGAUGACUCUGUGUCCACUGUGGACCAGGCACCCCAUCAGGCUCUGGUCCGCUCACUGGCCCGAGCCAACGAGGCAAGGGGCCUGCUGUGGCUAUUGGAAGAAGAGGCUCUGGUGCCAGGGGCCACUGAGGACACCCUUCUGGAGCGCCUUUUUUCCUAUUAUGGGCCCCAAGAGGGUGACAAGAAAGGCCAAAGCCCCCUUCUGCGCAGCAGCAAACCACACCAUUUUCUCCUGGGCCACAGCCAUGGCACCAACUGGGUAGAGUACAGCAUGGCCGGCUGGCUGAGCUACACCAAGCAGAAUCCAGCCACCCAGAAUGCCCCCCGGCUCCUGCAGGACUCCCAGAAAAAAAUCAUCAGCAACCUGUUUCUGGGCCGGGCAGGCAGUGCCACGGUGCUCUCAGGCUCCAUCGCAGGCUUGGAGGGCGGCUCACAGCUGGCACUGCGCCGGGCCACCAGCAUGAGGAAGACCUUUACCACAGGCAUGGCAGCUGUCAAGAAGAAGUCACUGUGCAUCCAGAUUAAGCUGCAGGUGGAUGCCCUCAUUGACACCAUCAAGAAGUCUAAGCUGCAUUUUGUGCACUGCUUUCUGCCUGUGGCUGAGGGCUGGGCUGGGGAGCCCCGUUCUGCAUCCUCCCGCCGAGUCAGCAGCAGCAGUGAGCUGGACCUGCCCUCAGGAGACCACUGCGAAGCUGGGCUCCUACAGCUGGACGUGCCCCUACUUCGUGCCCAGCUCCGUGGCUCUCGCCUGCUAGAUGCCAUACGCAUGUACCGCCAAGGUUACCCUGACCACAUGGUGUUUUCCGAGUUCCGUCGCCGCUUUGAUGUCCUGGCCCCACACCUGACCAAGAAACAUGGGCGCAACUACAUUGUGGUGGAUGAAAGGCGGGCAGUGGAGGAACUGCUGGAGUCAUUGGACCUGGAAAAGAGCAGCUGCUGCAUGGGCCUGAGCCGGGUGUUCUUCCGGGCAGGAACAUUGGCUCGGCUGGAGGAGCAGCGGGAUGAACAGACCAGCAGGAACCUAACCCUAUUCCAGGCAGCCUGCAGGGGCUACCUUGCCCGCCAGCACUUCAAGAAGAGGAAGAUCCAGGACCUGGCCAUUCGCUGUGUGCAGAAGAACAUCAAGAAGAACAAAGGGGUGAAGGACUGGCCCUGGUGGAAGCUCUUCACCACUGUGAGGCCCCUCAUCGAAGUGCAGCUGUCAGAGGAGCAGAUCCGGAACAAAGACGAGGAGAUCCAGCAGCUCCGGAGCAAGCUCGAGAAGGUGGAGAAGGAGCGGAAUGAGCUGCGGCUCAACAGUGACCGACUGGAGACCAGGAUCUCGGAGCUGACAUCGGAGCUGACAGAUGAACGUAACACAGGAGAGUCUGCCUCCCAGCUGCUGGAUGCAGAGACCGCAGAGAGGCUCCGUGCUGAGAAGGAAAUGAAAGAGCUGCAGACCCAGUACGAUGCACUGAAGAAGCAAAUGGAAGUGAUGGAGAUGGAGGUGAUGGAGGCCCGUCUCAUCCGGGCCGCUGAGAUCAAUGGAGAAGUGGAUGAUGAUGAUGCAGGUGGUGAAUGGAGGUUAAAAUAUGAGCGAGCCAUGCGGGAGGUGGACUUCACCAAGAAGCGGCUGCAGCAGGAGUUUGAGGACAAGCUGGAGGUGGAACAGCAGAAUAAGAGGCAGCUGGAGCGGCGGCUUGGGGACCUGCAGGCAGAUAGCGAGGAGAGUCAGCGGGCUCUGCAGCAACUCAAGAAGAAGUGCCAGCGGCUGACGGCGGAGCUGCAGGAUACCAAGCUGCACCUGGAGGGCCAGCAGGUCCGCAACCACGAGCUGGAGAAGAAGCAGAGGAGGUUUGACAGUGAGCUCUCACAGGCGCAUGAGGAGGCCCAGCGGGAAAAGCUGCAGCGGGAGAAGCUGCAGCGGGAAAAGGACAUGCUCCUUGCUGAGGCUUUCAGCCUAAAGCAGCAGCUGGAGGAAAAAGACAUGGACCUUGCAGGGUUCACCCAGAAGGUCAUCUCUCUAGAGGCUGAGCUCCAGGACAUUUCCUCCCAAGAGUCCAAGGACGAGGCCUCUCUGGCCAAGGUCAAGAAACAGCUCCGGGACCUAGAGGCCAAGGUCAAGGAUCAAGAAGAGGAGUUGGACGAGCAGGCAGGGACCAUCCAGAUGUUAGAGCAGGCCAAGCUGCGUCUAGAGAUGGAAAUGGAGCGGAUGAGGCAGACUCAUUCCAAGGAGAUGGAGAGUCGGGAUGAGGAGGUAGAGGAGGCCCGGCAGUCAUGUCAGAAGAAGUUAAAACAAAUGGAAGUGCAGCUGGAGGAAGAGUAUGAGGACAAGCAGAAGGUGCUGCGCGAGAAGCGGGAGCUAGAGGGCAAGCUCGCCACACUCAGCGACCAGGUGAACCAGCGGGAUUUUGAGUCAGAGAAGCGGCUGCGGAAAGACCUGAAGCGCACCAAGGCCCUGCUGGCAGACGCCCAGCUCAUGCUGGACCACUUGAAGAACAAUGCGCCCAGCAAGAGGGAGAUCGCCCAGCUCAAGAACCAGCUGGAGGAAUCAGAGUUCACCUGUGCAGCAGCCGUAAAAGCAAGGAAAGCCAUGGAGGUGGAGAUUGAAGACCUGCACCUGCAGAUUGAUGACAUCGCCAAAGCCAAGACAGCGCUGGAGGAGCAGCUGAGCCGCCUUCAGCGUGAGAAGAAUGAGAUCCAGAAUCGCCUGGAAGAGGAUCAAGAAGACAUGAAUGAGCUGAUGAAGAAGCACAAGGCCGCCGUGGCGCAGGCCUCCCGAGACCUGGCUCAGAUGAAUGAUUUCCAGGCUCAGCUAGAAGAAGCCAACAAGGAAAAGCAGGAGCUGCAGGAGAAGCUACAAGCCCUCCAGAGCCAGGUGGAGUUCCUGGAGCAGUCCAUGGUGGACAAGUCCCUGGUGAGCAGACAGGAGGCUAAGAUCAGGGAGCUGGAGACACGCCUGGAGUUCGAAAGGACCCAAGUGAAGCGUCUGGAGAGCCUGGCCAGCCGGCUCAAGGAAAACAUGGAGAAGCUAACUGAGGAGCGGGACCAGCGCAUUGCCGCUGAGAACCGGGAGAAGGAACAGAACAAACGGCUGCAAAGGCUGCUCCGAGACACCAAAGAGGAGAUGGGCGAGCUGGCCAGGAAGGAGGCGGAGGCGAGCCGCAAGAAGCACGAACUGGAAAUGGACCUGGAAAGUCUGGAGGCCGCUAACCAGAGCCUGCAGGCUGACCUGAAACUGGCAUUCAAGCGCAUCGGGGACCUGCAGGCCGCCAUCGAGGAUGAGAUGGAGAGCGAUGAAAACGAGGACCUCAUCAACAGUUUGCAGGACAUGGUGACAAAGUAUCAGAAAAGAAAGAAUAAACUUGAGGGGGACUCCGAUGUGGACUCAGAGCUGGAGGACCGGGUUGAUGGGGUCAAGUCCUGGUUGUCGAAAAACAAGGGACCUUCCAAGGCAGCUUCUGAUGACGGCAGCUUGAAGAGUUCCAGAACGGCUCUCAAUACCCUCUCUAAGGAGGGCAAGGGGGCAGAGGAGAGGCCGGCCUCUGUGCUGAGCUCCCUGAGCUAUCGCAAACGGCUCAUCCUAAAGGACUCCAUCGGGGGCACCGGGGACGAGGAGUCACUCUUCACUACCCUGAGCAAGCGGGCAGCCUCCCCUGAGAGGCCCCCCCGGAAGGCCCGCACUGGCCCCAAGGAGGAGCCAGGCCAGGGCAGAAAGUCAGAGGAGCCAGAUGAAUGUGGCUCCAUCUUCUCAGAGGCUGGGAGGCGAGCUGGCCGGGGGCUAGAGAAACAGUGGGGCUCAGACUUUGACCGGGCCUCAACCGUCUCUGCACCUGUCAGUCGGGCCUCCUCGGCCACCCGGCAUGGCUCUGGUGAGGACAGGGCCCACUCCUCCCUGAGCUUCUCACUGUCAGGCUCACCCAGUUCCCGCCGAAGCACUUCCCGGCUUGACAGCCUGUCAAGGACCCUCAGCCCUUCCUUGAGCCGAGCCUUGGGCUUAAGCCGAGAGAGCCCUGAUUCCCGCCUGUCGAGCUGCCUGGAUGAGUGGGAUGAUGGAGCCAGCGUGGCCUUGAGUGAGUCCCACUCACAGUACAGCCACCCAUCACUGGCCCGCAGCCUGUCGGUGCCACCCCAGCCACGCGGCUCAGCCUCAGCCACGGAUGAGCCUGUGGGCUCUGGCUCCCGCCCUGUCAGUCGUCACUCCUACCUGGACCCAGACCUGGAAGCUGCCAUCAAUGAGGUCUUAAACUACAAACCUGUCCCAUUCCAACGGAGCAGGCUGGAGCCUGAUUCUGAGGAGGACGACCGAAAGAGCAUCCAAAGUGCCCGGAGUGCCCAGCUGGAUCCCCCAGAGCGAGCUACCAGCAUCCGCCGCUCUGCCUCUGCUGCUGACGUCUCCCAGUCCCAUAGCAGCCGGAAAAGCCGGAGUAAACGAAGGAGCAGAAGGAGCAGCUCCAGCUCCAGCUCCAGCUCAAGUUCCUCGGAGCACAAGCGGCGGAAGAAGGGGCGCUCCCGGAAGAGCAAGAAGAAGUCCAAAUCGAGAAGAAAAAGAAUGGAGUCAGAAUCUGAAUCCUCCACCACCUCUUCCUCUAGUGGGUCAACUGUCUCAGGCCACAGCCGCUCAAGCGUCAAGAAGGGCCCAGCUGCAGAAAGUGAAGCAGCUGGGCAGGCACCCCGGCCAUCAAAGAAAGAGGAGAAAAAGCGCAAGAAAGAGGUGGACAGCCUGAUGAUGCGGUACCUGUACCGGCCCGAGAGCGACUAGUGCAUCCCACCAGCUACUGGAAGUCCCUUGCCCCUGACCGGUCAGAUGAUGAGCACGACCCUCUGGACAACACCUCCAAACCCCAAUACUCCCACAGCUAUCUGAGUGACAGUGAUACAGAGGCCAAGCUGACGGAGACCAACGC